CGUCACACAAAGCAGAGAGCGCGUCUGUCCAUGGGAAGGAGCCAUGUUGAACCAGUUCCUAAUACCAUGUUUCAAAUAACGCUACAGUAAAUCUGCUGUCAGAAGUGGACUCACGGCGAAACUCGGACAAACGGUAAGACCAUAGCAAAAAUGUCAGCGGACGACUUUCAGACCAAAUACGCUUCUGUCAUGGAGAGCAUGCUCAAGAGUGCCAUCGCAGAGACCACCAAACUUUUCGAAACUAUGGUCGACGACCUGAAGGCAGAAAUAUCCAGAAUCAAGAAGGAGAACGAGGACCUCAAGACAAGAUGCAGCCAGUUUGAGAAUGGGAAAAGCCAUGCGACCGAUUACACCGGAGAAAGUGAGCCUCUUCCACGGCCAAGCGACGGCUCUGAGAAACGUGACACGGCGGUUCAAUGUGACCUUGUUCCUUUUCGAACCAUGCGAGUGGAACAGUGUCAGCCAUUGAGAAAUUCAUCACUGCAAAACCAACAUAAACAAUGCAGUUAUGAGGAGAUGGAGUACGGUUUGCAUGAGCACAACUAUGAGACCCAUGGGGAGGGAAAUUCUCAAAUGGCAUUUAUACUUGUGAAACAGGAGGAAGCUUAUGAUGAUGAUUCUUUGCGGCCUAUCUUGAAGCAGGAGGAGGUUGAACCCACUGAUGUCUGUGGCCAAGUCUCUUGUGGAACUCAAAAUGAAGGGCCUCUCAUUAACAUGGAAUGUUCAACUAGAGAAGUGCCUGAAAAAGUUGAAGAGACACAGGUGGCUGUGGAACUACCCUUUUUGGGAAUGAAUAGUGAUUUACAAGGAGCCCAGAACCAAUCAUCUGAACCAGAGCAUUCACUGUUCAUCUCAUUAAGUGCAAUAAAACGUGACACGGAAGACGCGACAGAGGGAGAACUUGUAAUAUCUGAAGAACAACCAUUGGUGACUGCUCAGCAACAGUCAGUGGUUGAACCCCUUGAAAAAGAGCAACCAUCAAUCGUCCCCCAACAAUGUCAAAGAGAGGGAGAAACAUCAGUAAAUGAACAAACUGAUGUUACUCUGCAACAAUAUGCAGAUGUGCGUUGUACUGAAGAAAAGUUAGAGGCCACAUCACAAAACAAAGAAAUAGCCUGUGAAGAACUAAAAAGUGGCAUGGCAGAAGAUGAGGCUAGUUCCCAUCCAGUACACCAUAGAAGAGGAAAGCCGCCAAAGAAAGUUAAACAUCUACAGCAGCCAGUGAAAGAAAUACUUGAGUUACCAUGUGCUGAUGUUACAACUGAGCAAGAGGUGGUAAAUUCCCUUUCAGUAAGAGCUGAAGAGCUUGAGGUCUCUUCUGCAGUUGACACAGUGAAAACCACUGUAUCUGAGUCUCUGCAAAUAUUUCCAGGUAAGCCUAAAAAGACUUCAUCCAUUAUCACUCCAUCGGUCCAGGAGAGAGCAAACAAUGCUUUAGGAGAUGUGGAGAACAGUAAGGUUGUUUUGCCUGUUUCAGUAGCAUCUUUGACUAGAGGAUGUUCCUCUGAAAAGGAAGAACCACCUGCCUCUCAACAGCUUUCCAUGGAAAUGGAAUCUCCAUCCACUGAAGUUUCAUCUGCAACUGAAACACUAAACUCUGCACCAGCAGGGUCACCACAAGCACCAUCAGUUCAGCUCAGAGCAUGCUGCACCUCAGUAACUCUUCAGGAUGCAAUGCUACUUGUUGAAGCAAUGAAUCAGCCAACAAUGGAAAAUACAAUCUCCUCUCCAAAAAGAAUGGCAGCACCACUCCAAACACAAUGUUCUCCCUGUGUGGGUACCUUACAAACUGUGGACCAGGUCCCAGCUGAGCAGCAGACACCACUGCUACCUACUGAAACUCUUGAAGCCGCAGGCAGUCUACCCAUAGCAGGGCUGUCCACAGCAGAAUCAACAGUAAAGACACUUAGCGCCAAUUGUCAUGUUAUAGAAUCCACUCCAACCAAUGAAGCUCAGGUCCACUUGAAGGCCGUCAUACCAAAACGGCAACAUGCGGUCAUUCCAUCCAAUACUGCUACACCACCAAUGCGAUCAUUAACUGUUGCAACUCAAACAAGUGCACAGUCACAGCAGCACCUUCCCAAUCCUCUGAUAACAUCGGUAGCACCAUGUAAACCGAGUAACGCCUUACCUCAUAAAAUAAUUGUUGUGCCAAGAUCAGUACCCUCAUCAAUGCCUCAUACAAUUGCGGCACUUUCACAAACCCAGGUUCCUACUUUUGUGUCAAAGGUUGUUGCUGCAAAGAAUAAUAGUUUACGUCCCGCUUCUACUUCUGUAAGCUUACCCCUUGGAACAACUUCCUUUUCUUCUGACCCUCAGAAAACAAUAUAUGUUACCUCCAGGAAGUUGCUUCCUGUUGUCCCUUCACAAUUGACCGCCACCUCAACAGACCAGAAGUCACGGAUUCUACCACACCCAAAAAUAACAAUUAUAAUUCCAAGACAGGUGUCAGCUGUGGCAUCAAGGACACAUCAGUCACAGACAAUUGUUCUUACAACAAACCAGGAGUCAGCUGAACCAGCUGCUGCUGUUACAGUGUCAUCGUCACAGUUGAUUUCUUCGUCACAGGAGUUGGAUGCACAAACCACAUCAAAUGAAGUGGCUACAAUAUCAUCUCAAAAGAGGGAUAAUACAACUGACAACUUGGAAUCUCCCAAACAAACUGCCUUUUUUUCUGGAACAACGGAUGCAUCUACAGAAACUUGUACGAGUUUAAAAAUAUCAGUUCCAACUGGGCUAGUGCCAGCCUGUGUGUCUCCAUUGGAACAAAAACUCUCUGCAGUGGUCAGAUUAACAAGGCUGCCAUAUUCAGUAUCAACCGAAGAGUCAGUGUUAGUCUCAAGAGUGCUUUCAAAUGCAUGUUCUCAAACUCAGUCCGUUUUGAAAGACUGUACCACAGAAGAGAAACCAUCAUCUCUGGUCAUAUCAACACACCCAUCAGAGAUACCAGUGGUAUCCACUGACAUUUGUCACAGUUUGAAAGAAACAUCAGUUUCUGUGUCUGUAAAUAGCUCUCAGAUGUCAGAAGAGCAAAAUAAUAUUCAAGAGAUGGCAUUGUUAUCCUCUGAAACAUGCACCAUUUUGGAGGAGUCAUAUAUCAGCGGGUAUGUGCAGCCAUCUACACAACCCAAGGUUUCAGCACCAGUGUUGGAGAAAUCAUCAGUCGCCGUCAGCACAACGGAACCUUCAGCUGUUGAACUUACUUCUAAUUUGCAGGAAAUAAUCAGAAAUGCAGUGCAAGAUUGCGCACUGCCUAAUGAUCCACCUACAGCAGAGAAACAAUCAGCUGCCCUCAUACAGCUAACACCCAUCACGUCCAAGGACAAAACUGAUCCUCAUUUACAGAUGACUAAAAUCCAGUUCCUGGCGCAGCUGGCAGUGUCACCUAUAGUUCAUGCCCCGAAAAAGGCCUCCUCUAAUGACUUUGCGGAUACCAGGGCUUCUAGUGCAGAAACCGGCACCAGUGGCAAGAAAAGGUUACAGAAAAACUCCCUUGUGGCCCGACUCCAAAGUCACCUCAAAACUCACGUGCAAACCAGAAGAACUAAAACAAGUCCAGAACCUUGCACAGAAACAGAGAAUACUGUUAUAAACCCUAAGAAACCUAGAUUAGAGAAUGACGGUCCAAACGAUAAAAACACAACCAGUGAGCCUAUUCCCAUUAGCCUGAAAAAGCCAGGUGUGGUUGAAGAUGUUACAUCUCUUAAUAAGACUACCGAUGACCCCAUUCACAAUAGUCCUACGAGAACUAGACAAUGUAAAGAUGCUUUCAGACCCAAGAGGAGUGUUAGUGCACCAACUAGGAGGUCAAAGGCUACUAGUCAGUCCACUCCUGUGAAUCCUAGGAGGUGUAAUUCAGGUAGAGAUGGUGCAGGCUCUAAAAAUAUUAAAUCCACUUCUGUUAGUCCUCGAAGGUCUAAAUCAACUAAAGAUGGCGCUAGCCCUAAAAAGACUAAAAAUGGUGCUAGCCUUAAAAAUACAAAAUCCACUUCUGUGAGCCCUAAGAGGUCUAGUUUGACUAGAGAUGGUGCUAGCCUUAAACAAACUAAAUCCAUUACUGUGAGUCCUAAAAGGUCUAGUUCAACUAGAGAACGUGCUACACUCAAAAAGACUGAAUCCUCUGCUUUUAUUCUUGGGACUUCUAGUUUAAGGGAACGCGGUACAUGCCUUAAAAUGUCUACCAGUGAAUUGAUUUCUGUCAUCCGUAGGAGGUCUACUCCCCGUCCAGACGGUUCGAGCACUAAUCAGAUUAAAAGGGAAUCCAGUUCUUUAAGUCCUAGGAGGAGAACCACAGGUAGAGCUAUCGCUAAAACAAAGAGCGAAACUGGUUCGACGAGUGGUAGGUGGCCUAAAUUGGCUAAAGAUGGCGUCAGUCCUAGAAAGACUGGGGAAUCCACUCCUACUAAGAAGCCCAAAUUAAUUCAAGACAGUGCUGGUCCUAAAAAGAAUUUAAGAGUUUUGAAUGCUAAAAAGUUAGCUAAAGCAACAGCCAAAACAAUAGGUAAAAUUAAAAAUUCCAAUCAAUCCAAACUGCAGGAUGGAUCUAAAACAAACCAGUUAGCAGAGAUCCAAGCCAGCUGUGAGGCUGUGAAAAAAUAUACGGCUAAAGCUGUGUGGAUCCCUCCCAGAAUGCCAGCCAGUAAAACAGCGUUAGCAGGGGGAAAGAGGUCAUCACUGUUACCAGUGAAGAAAGAGACGAGAUCCUCAAUAUCCCAGAAUCAUACAGUAGUUUACCCCCCUAGUGUUUCUCUCCACCCCAUACCUGUCAAAGCACCACCUAUUAUAUCACCAUUACAGCCUUUGUCGGUCAUUGGUGGGCGUCUGCUAAAGAAUCAGUGUGGGGAGUGUGGCCGCAUACUCAGCAGCAGUGCUGCCCUUGAGAGCCAUGUCAGUCUCCAUACAGGACGCCGACCCUUUUCGUGCACGCUCUGUGGAAAGAGCUUCCCAGACUCCAAAGGUUUAAAACGGCAUGGCCGGGUGCACCGCAAUGGUAGGAUCCAUAUCUGCCAGCAGUGUGGGAAGGGCUUCGUCUACCGUUUUGGCCUCACCAAACACCUCCGGAUGGUGCACAGCAGGAUUAAACCUUUUGUCUGCCAGAUAUGUAACAAAGGAUUCUUCACAAAGCGAGAUGUGGAAGCCCACAUACGGAUCCACACUGGAGAGAAACCAUUCCACUGUAACCUCUGUGAAAAGAAAUUCACAAGGAGAGUAGAACUAAAUGUACAUUUGAGGUGGCAUAACGGAGAGAAGAGACACUGGUGCCCAUUCUGCGGAAAAGGAUUUUUAGAUUUAAAUAACCUGAAAAGACAUAAGUAUAUCCACACAGGGGAGAAACCCCAUUCCUGCCCACACUGCUCUAAGCACUUCACACAGUCAGGUCACCUGAAAAAGCAUGUUAAAAAUGUACAUAAAUUCCAGUGAGACAGGGAUACAGACGAUGCCACCCUGUUCCACUAAGAAUGAUAAUUUUUAUAAUGAGAGAUAUUACGUCUUGUAAUAUGAGAAUAUAUAAGGGAUUUUUUGGGUUUUGCUUUGACGCAGUGUUUUUGUAAAAGAAAUCCAAAUGGAGAGUUUCCCUUGUUGUGUUGUUUAUUAGAGGAUGAUGUCUUUUAUUGUAGGUUUAUAAAUGCUUAAAGGAAUAGUUCAACAUUUUGGGAAAUACUUAUGCGCUUUCUUGCCGAGAGGCAGACAUAUCACUGUCAUGUUUGUCUGUGACGUAUGGAGCUGGAGCCAAAAGGCGAUUAGCUUAGCAAAGACUGAAAGCAGCACAUCUAAAGCUAAUAAAUGAACAUGAAUCUCAUUUGUUUUAAUUGUGAAAAACACAAUAUGUGGUGGUAACAGGUUUGCAUCUCUGCUGGAUGCCAGGCAACCUCACAGUGAAGAUAAUACUGGGAAACCAUUGUGCCUGGCUCUUGUUUUACAAGACACUGUUGCAGUACACAUGUUAUUUGGUGAUCCUUAGAUGUGUUGGUAGGCACAUUUUUGAGCUUUGGACAGAGAAGGGUCUUUAACCUAAGAUGAGCUAAUCGUCUCCCAGCUCCAGCUCCGCAUUUAACAUUAAGAUAUGAGAAUGGUCUCUCCCAGCAAGAAAACAAAAGUGCGUCUGAGUAAAUUGAAAAGUGGAGACUUGAAUGACGAUGAUGUCUUACAUCUCUCAGUAAAAUAAUUUCUUAAACUGAGGUUUGUUACUAAGGAUAUGUGUGUGUAAAAACAGCAUUUUUUUUUUUUCUUUUAUUGACUAAUGAAAAUUUAUAUUAAUUUAUUUGAACUAAUAAUUCCUUCCUUUUUUUUUGUUUUGUUUUUUUUUUUGUUUUAUUGAAAAGGUGAUAUCACAAGACUUUUUAGAUAACACAAGACCCAGCUUUAAAACACUGUAUCUCUUACUAGAGAAAAAUACUAGUGUUAAUCUGACACCAACCUCGAGUAGCCUCUGUAAUGUAAAUGAAACCCUAAGCCUCUGAAACUAAAAAUGGUCGAAUAUACCUAAUAUUUGAAUAUUUCACAGCUGUUACUGUGAGUUUGGGAACAAUUAGUAAAUGUUUGAAAAAAAAUUUGAAUUGUAAGUAGGUAUUUAACUGUAAAAAUGUCAAUAGUUUGAGUUGUUUUUAUAAUUUAGAUUACUCAUAUUGCUGUUUCUUUCGUUACAUUGCUUUUCAUUGCUGUUGUUACAAAAAUAGCAAUAAGGGUUAAUUGUACUGCUGGUGCAAUAACUUACCACCUCAAAAAAAGGUUAUAAAGGUGCAUUUACACUGGACUGAAGCAUAUUUUCAUGUACAAAUUUGACCACUGGAAUGUUUUUUGCGGUCUAUUUAAUUCAUGCCAAUGAAUCUGACUGUACAGUCAUAGUGUGUCCACUUAUGUAUCUUUGUGCCUCAGACCAGACUCUGAUUUACAACUUACCUGGAGCUGCAGACUGUCAUUUUUCUCCUCACCUUCUGUACAGUCAUGAAAUGGAGGCAUAUAGUUCAUAUCACUCAAGUUGAUAUAUUUUCAGUUUUGAGCAGACACACAUUGGUCUCAGUUCAUGUCGCCUUGAAUAAAUUCUUAUCUGGUUAUGUUUACAUUAAUUUGAGUGUGUUUGUUUGCCUUUAAUUUUGGCUUUAUGUUCAGUCUAAAAACACAUUAAGAGGAUGGGUCACUGUCCCAUAAGUAGCACUAGGGUACAGCCUUAGCAGUGCUGUGUUGAUAGAGCAAAUUCAAAGUCUGACCAAAGAUGGAAUAAACAUUAUUUUCUAGUUGUGUCAGAUUGCACAAAAGACGGUUUAGAUGUCUGUCAAAUGUUAAAUGUCCUUUUUGUCUGAAAGACAUGUUAAAGCUUGUUUCCCAUUUUCUCAAAGUGCUAACUACAUUCAAACAGUUGUUAAACAACACUAAUCCAUCCAUCCUCUUAUAAUUCUAAAGCCUAUUUAAGAAACUUCAAAUAUUAUGGAUUUAUGUUGAUUUGACCUUGAUCAUAAAGAUGUAUAUUUUCUUGGUCCUGUCAUUUGAGGAAACAGGUGAUAAAUGUAGAGAGGUCCAACUAAUCCGCUUCUUUGCGCUUUUCUGUCAGAAAACAUUUGAUUUAUUUUUUUUAUUUUUUUUAAUGAUUUUUGAUGUUGAUCAACUUUGUCAUUUUUCUUCUGUAAGGACAUUGCAAAUUCAGAUCAUUUAUAUUUCCACAAAGACUUUCUAUAAGCUGUGAUUAGAUUUUAUGAAACAUGUAGAAUUUAGAUUAGUGUAGAAUAAUGCCCUGCAGUUAAUGUGUCACAAACUAACCAACUAACACCAGUACUUUGUGUCAGUAUUAUUACAGUUCAGGUAAUACCUUGAGAUAAGGAGAUUGUGGGCAAGCACAUCAAAAGUGUUAAAGGGGUUGUUACCCCCAAAGUCACAC